CAGAGCCCCCCAUGGAGAGCAGGGGGUCCUGCCAUGCUGAGGGUCCUGAUCCUCACCCUGCUCUGGAGGGAGUCCCUGUCCCAGCUGCCCGGAUUUACCCUGACGGUGCCACCAUCAGUGUCAGUGCAGGAAGGUCUCUGCGUUCUGGUCCCCUGCACGUUCAUGUACCCAGCCUCCUAUGACACUAAGAAUUCCCAGUCCCGGCUCUACAGAUACUGGUACAAGGAUCAGGCCACUGGGGGCUAUGAUCCGCUCGUGGCCAGCAAUGACCCCAGCCGGGGGGUGUCGCAGGAGACCCAGGGCCGAUUCCGGCUGGCGGAAAAUCCCGUGCGCGGCGACUGCUCCCUGCAAAUCAGCGACGCCCGAUGGACGGAUGCGCGGAGAUAUUUCCUUAGAGUCGAGGGAGACUUUAGCUACAAUUACCGCUACAGUACAGAUGGCACUGACCUUGCGCUCACGAUCUCCGUGACACAGCUGACGGAGGAGCCAGAGAUCCAGAUCUCACUGCCGCGGGGGCUGCCAGGGAUGCUGCUGGCUGGGGAGUUGGUGACUGUGAUCUGCACGGCCCCUGGGCGCUGCUCCGGGCCCCCUCCCCGAGUCACCUGGACGGGGCCGUUCAGCGACACAGCCCAGAACAUCUCAACCCAGCUGGCAAAUGGCACCUGGGCCCACAGCUCCGCGCUCCGUUUCACGCCCGGCCUGGGGGACCACGGCAAAGAGCUCGUCUGCAACGUCACCUACAGCUCAGCACAGGGACCUUCCACCCGCAGAACCAUCCAGCUCCGCGUGGGCUGUGAGUGA